CCGCUUUCUUCUGUGAACCACGCAUCAUUCGUUUUAAAAAUGACUGCCUCCUCAUUUGCGGCAGAUCCCCUUACCAUCCUGCCUCCUGAAAUUGUUCUGCGCGUACUAGAAUUCAUCCCCGUGUCCGCCCUCGCCUCCCUGACCGCCGUCUCCAAGGCCUGGCACCAAUUUAUCGACGUCACGCAUCGAGAAGCCAUCUACAGUUCCGAAUCCAAAACCACCCAACCCGCCGGAGGUGCCCGGGACUUUACAUUCCUGUCGGACAGCACCACGUUCACCAAACUAUAUGAGGAUACAACAUCAUGGAAGGAUUUGUGCAAGCGCCAGACGCUGCUCUCCCGCAACUGGGCCGAUGAGCGCCCAGUUACCCGGGAGUCGGUGCUGCAGGUCGGUAACAAUCCCGUCUGGCGGUUCCGUGCGGACUUCAAGCGCCGGUUCUUCAUUUCCACAUCACACGCGGGGGGGCUAAAUAUCACGGAUAUGGACACGGGCCGGAUUCUGUGGCGACUUCCCUCCACGCUGCAUCGUGAUGAGAAUGCGGUUCGCCCAUAUGCGCAUCUAGAGUACCAGGACGGAAUGGCCGUGUUUGAUCGCGAAGGGGAUGCACUGGAGGUUUGGCAGGCGGAUUUGGAGGGUGCAGCGCGUGGGGAGUUCCGGCGCAUCGCGAUCUUGGACCAUGAUUGCCAAACCAGAGGAUUUCAGUUGUCUUACUGGACGCUUUGUGUGGUCUCGACUCAGGGACAAGGCUUUGUGUAUGAUAUGACGCAGCGACCCCCCAAGUUGAUUACGCACCUCACCAUCGAGGAUGACGCUGUCGGCCAUCUAGACCAGAGCGAGGACGCCGUCAUUUACUCCAUGGGCCCGCGAGGCUAUCAUGUGUAUAACAAGAUGUCCGGUGAAUUCUUGGGUGCUCUACAGCCGUUUCGCUGUACAGACAUGUAUCAUAUCCUCCCGCCCGUCGCUACCUCUCCCUCCGCAAUUGCAGCGCUGGCGGCUGCUGCGCGGCACGGUCCAACACAGCAACUAUUCGCUCUGGGGGCCCCUUGCAAGGACUGUCUGGUGCCUAUUGAGCUCGCAAAGGGUCUUCUUCCGCCACCGACUGACUUUGAACAUGUCAGACAUGGUGAUGACGAAUGGGGAGCUGGCAUGCUUCACGGCGACCUCUUCGUUGGCUUCUCCCGCGCUGGCCGUGUCUUCGUGUGCUCUGACUGGCGCAAGGCCCUUCACAGCGAAAAUGGUCUUACGACACAUGGCUCCCUAAUAGAAUGCGAGUCGGAUGGGUCAAACUUUGAUCUGGGCGGUUGGUUGUCGGUGCGCAACCACCGUUUGAUGUUCGAGAUCCAAGACCGGAUAUACGUCGUCGCCCUCGAUGAUAACAACAGGAUGCAAGAUGUCAAUUGCCCUACUCGUGCUUCCUACUCACUACUCACUAGCUCCGUGCCACAGCUUGCCGUGCCCGUCAGUUUCAUGGCAUUGUGUGAUGAUGCGAUCAUGACUACCUACACUACCCUCGGGUUCCGUCAACCCCUCUCUGACAUCCCUGGUGAUGCACCCCAAGAUGAUCACGAGGGCCCCGCUCGCAUAUUUCCUACCAAAGCCAUCCGCAUCGUCAGCCUAGCCCCGACCUCUCUAACACCCCGCGCGGAGGAUACCUGGCGCUCGCAGGCCGGUCUGCUGCAGUUAGUUAGCUUGCUAGGAGAUGAACUUGACGAAGAGGAGGAUGAGUUCGAAACCAUGUAUGCGGAUGGUGAUGGUAGUGAGUGGGAGGAUGCGGAUGAAGAUGAAGAUGAGGAGCAUGAGCAUGAGCAUGAGCCUGAGAGUGUACACGAAGAAGCCUAGGCUUAGGGCUGUUCCUGCAGUUUGUGUCUUAAGGCUUGGAUGAAAUUUCCGAAGUGGACCGGUAACCAUUGCGAGUAGGUUACGACCAGAAUAACCACGCAUUGACAUUCGAUGUUUCAAGACAAACGUAUGGGGAUACAAGACAUGCCACAUAGGCAGGUUGCCCAUCCAGGCGAUCAAGGGAAGGCAAACGAGGUGCUCCCCACGUAGAUCUCCAUUUACACAACACUAACCCGCUGCGUAGAACAGUUCUACCAUGUAUAAUACCCUGAAACUGCGCCAAUGAAGAACAUGCUGGAGGUGCCAAACAACGGCAGAUACACGUAAGAUCAGGCGUCAGAAAAGAUCAUCCAUUUCACUCGGACUUGAAAUCC